UUCUUCUUCUUCUUCUUCCGACGUAAGCUCACGCGGCACCUAACCAUCCUCAUCGUAUUCCAACACGUUACUCUUAUAUAUAAACAGACUUGUCUCCCCCCCCCUCCAUUUCACAAUCCCACACGCUUUACACCCCAGAAACAACAUUUUUUUCCAUCCGCCAAACUUCUCCUCGCGAUCUCAUUCGCCUCUCGAAGAUGUCCGAUUUGAGAACCAGGACUACGUCCACCAAGCGGCCAUCUGUGCCGGCCACGAGCGAAGCUUCGACCAGCAGCGGCAGCGGCAGCGACCAUGAGCCGGAGACGCCCAAGAGCCUCCAGCGGCCGUCUUCCUUCUCGCAGCGGGCGAUAUCGCAGACUCUCACCGGCACGGCCAACUUGGCCAACCUCCUCCCGACGGGAACCCUCUUGGCCUUCCAGCUCCUGAUGCCGGUCUUCACCAACAACGGCUCGUGCGACUCCGCCACGCGCCCGCUCACCAUCAUCCUCCUCGCGGUGCUCGCCGCGUCCUGCUUCAUCGCUAGUUUCACGGACAGCGUCAAGUCAUCCGAUGGCCAGGUCUACUACGGAUUCGCGACGUCGAAAGGACUGUACCUCUUCGACACGACCGUCCCGAGCACGAGCCUGCCCGAUCUGAGCAAGCACAAACGGGGGUUCAUAGACUGGGUCCACGCGCUGCUAUCGGUGCUGGUGUUCGGAGCGGUGGCCUUGAGGGACAAGAACGUGGUGAGAUGCCUGUACCCGCAGGCAGGGCACGAGGCGCAGGAGGUUAUGGACAUUGUUCCGGUCGGAAUUGGCCUCAUCUGCAGCUUGCUCUUUGUUGUUUUUCCUACAAGAAGGCACGGGAUCGGGUAUCCCAUCUCGCCGGGAAAGUGAUCAACACCAUUGUUGUGUUCAUCAGGGGGAUGUGGUGUUAUCUGAUCUGAUCUGGUCAAUCACUUGAUUUGAGUUUGGAGUCCUUGAUUCUUUUUUUGAAUUCAGAGGGGAGGCUGUAGCUUGUAUCAAAUAGUCCCCUCCCGCUCUCAUUUCCUCGUCGUUUUAUCUGGUUUAGUCAUAAAAUUGUCUGAUAAGACAAA